AUGCUGCUCGAGAUCAACCGUUAGUCCCCGAUUCUGUUCAGAGGCGCUAAAAGCCAUCCGCUGACCGACAAGAACGCGGGCGCACCACAGGCAAACUGCUGGCGAGGUCCGACCGGGUAAAGUCCCUCGACAUCCAUCCAUCAGAACCAUGUCAGUACUGCCGCACGCUGUCCACUUCGACGUAUGCGACCAUCCACUGACACCACACCCUUCACUUGCACCUACAGGGCUCAUGUAAGACGCGCCGGAUCGGCCGGCUACCGUUCGCUCCAACAGCUCCACCACCUGACACGCGUUCACGCGUUCCUCCUCGCAGUGCUGGUCUCUACACCGGAAACGUCAUCAUCUACCACAUCGACACAGGCGUACGUCAAUCUACCACCAGCAGCCUGUAUCGUAACGCAGCUGACCCGCUCCCUCCUGCCCUAAUCCCUAACCCCCCUCGUACGAACCCACGCCGCCACGGCUCCCCGUUGCUCGCUCCCCCUCUCCACAGGUCGUGAUCAAGACGUUCGAAGUGACCGAGGUCCCCGUACGAUGCGUGCGCUUCAUCGCCCGACGCAACUGGUUCAUCUGCGGAUCCGACGACUUCCACCUGCGCGUCUUCAACUACAACACGGGCGAAAAGGUCACCGCGCUCGAGGCCCACCCGGACUACAUACGCUGCUUGGCCGUGCACCCGACCCAGAGCUUGGUCCUCACCGGAUCCGAUGACAUGACCAUCAAGCUGUGGGACUGGGAAAAGGGAUGGAAGUGCAUCCAAGUCAGUCCUCGGGUCCACACAGACCGUCCCACCGCUUUCAGCGUGACUGACGCGACUCUUGUUACCCCUCGCCCCAGGUCUUUGAGGGACACACCCACUACAUCAUGAACCUCUCCUUCAACCCAAAAGACGCCAACACGUUCGCCUCGGCGUGCUUGGAUCGCACCGUCAAGGUCUGGUCCCUCGGAUCGGCCACGGCCAACUUCACCCUCGAUGCGCACGAGAAGGGUGUCAACUACGUCGAGUACUACCAUGGCGGCGACAAGCCGUACCUUGUCACGACCGGUGACGAUCGCCAGAUCAAAAUUUGGGACUACCUCUCCAAAUCAUGCAUCCAGACCCUCGAGGGCCACUCGUCCAACGUCUCGUUCGCCAUCUUCCACCCUUCCCUACCGAUCCUCAUCUCUGGAUCCGAGGACGGCACCGUCAAGAUCUGGCACUCGUCGACGUACCGGUUGGAGAACACGCUCGACUAUGGACUCGAGCGAGUAUGGUGCAUCGCCUACUCCAAAAAGGGCAACGACGUUGCGUUCGGUUUCGACGAAGGCGCCGUUGUCGUCAAGCUUGGUCGUGAGGAACCGUCCAUCUCGAUGGACGGCACCGGUAAAGUCGUCUUCACGCGCAACGCCGAGGUUCUGACCGCGACGAUGCAAUCGGCCGUCGAUGACAACGUCCCUGACGGACAACAGCUUGCUGUUGCCCCACGCGAGCUGGGCAAUACCGAGGUCUACGCGCAGUCGUUGCAGCACUCGCCAAACGGUCGAUUCGUCACCGUGUGCGGUGAUGGCGAGUACAUCAUCUACACCGCGCUCGCAUGGCGCAACAAGUCGUUCGGUCCGGGUGUCGGCUUUGCUUGGGCCUUAGACUCGAACACUUACGCCGUGCGCGAGGCGAACAGUAAGAUCAAGGUCUUCCGCAACUUCAAGGAACGCCCGAACCUCGUCAACGUCGGUUACACGACCGAUGGGAUCUACGGUGGAACGCUUUUGGGUGUCAAAGGGAUGGGUUUUGUCGUCUUCUACGACUGGGACUCGGGAGCGAUCGUGCGUCGCAUCGAAGUCGAUGUGAGGAACGUUUACUGGUCCGGCACGGGCAACUUUGUCGCCAUCGCCGGGGCCGACUCGUUCUACGUGCUCAAGUACGACCGAGACGCUUACCUCAACUACGUCGAGAGUGGGAACGAGUUGGACGACGAGGGGGUCGAAGAGGCGUUCGAUGUCGAGGCUGAUAUUGCCGAUGUCGUGCGAACCGGCAAGUGGAUCGGUGACUGCUUCGUGUACACGACCGAUGCGAACCGGUUGAACUAUGCCGUCGGUGGUCAAAUCCAUAACGUCACCCACUUUGACAGGUUAGUUCGGAUCGCUGCCCCAGUCGCUUGCUUUGCGUGGAAACUAAUAAGCGGUGCCCUGGAUAACUGAACCCACAGCCAAAUGUACUUGCUCGGGUAUUUGCCAUCGCAUAACCGCAUUUACCUGUGCGACAAGGGUGUCAACUUUUACGCUUUUUCUCUCUCUCUCUCGGUGAUCGAAUACCAAACCGCGAUCUUGCGUGGCGAUCUCGAAGCCGCGAGCGAGGUCUUGCCUACGGUCGCGCCCGAACAACGAAAUCGUCUCGCUCGUUUCUUGGAGACACAAGACCUCAAGGAACUCGCGUUGCAAGUCUCUACGGAUCCGGACCACAAGUUCGACCUCGCGAUCCAACUCGACGACCUCGACACCGCCUUGGCGCUCGCGCGUACGAGUCCCCACUUGGGUUCGCAACCCAAAUGGCGAACGGUCGGUGAUCGAGCUUUGGCGAGUUGGAAGAUCCAACUCGCCGAAGAAUGCUUCAAGAUGGCCAAUGACCUCUCGGCCUUGUUGUUGAUUUACACCUCCACGGGCGAUCGACAAGGUUUGAGCGAGUUGAAGGAGUUGGCGAGUACGUCCGGGUUGAACAAUAUCGCUUUCGCUUGCGCUUUACAACUUUCCGAACCGACGGCUUGCGUCGACGUUCUGCUCGCCGCCGAUCGAGCACCCGAAGCGGCGUUGUUCUCAAGGACUUAUGCGCCUUCACAAACUUCCAAAGCGGUCGCUCAGUGGCGCAAGACGUUGGAACAAGCCAAGAAACCUAAACAAGCUUCGGCGAUCGCGGACCCCGUCGAACAUGUUGAUGAAUUUGGUGGAGCUGAGGUUUGGGAGAUGGCUUUGGAGAGGGAGAAGGAGGACGCGUCCAUCUUGGAACAGGAGAUUCAAAUGGUUGAACAAGAGGCUCAGGGGUUAUUGGUUGAUGUAGGAGAGGAGGGAGGGCAGAUGGAGGAUGAAGAAGCUUUGAUGGGUCACGAGGAGGUGGGACAGCACGGGGGCUAUGCGCAUCAUGCUGACGAGGAGGGGAUGAAUGGGGGUGGGUAUGCUCAUCAUCAGGCAGAGGACGAUGAGGAAGCCGGUGGGAUUGGUCAAUGGUCGUCGUCGAACCACGCGGCGGCGGCGGCGAAACCGAUGGACAACUGGUCCGAAGUGCGCGAGAGUCUCGAGGAGUAG